UGGUAUUUGCUGAGUUCCAACCCGAGAUGCAGUUCUUGAAAGCUUUAUGGGCACUAGCAGGAACAGCUAUCUGCUGUUUUCUUAUAUUUGUAAUCCACUCCCAGUUCCUUAAAGAAGGUCAGUUGGCUGCAGGUACAUGUGAAAUUGUUACUUUGGACAGAGAUAGCAGUCAGCCUCGAAGAACAAUAGCCCGACAAACAGCUCGUUGUGCAUGUAAAAAAGGACAGAUUGCCGGAACUACAAGGGCGAGACCAGCAUGUGUAGAUGCACGCAUUAUUAAAACAAAACAAUGGUGUGAAAUGCUUCCAUGUUUAGAAGGAGAAGGAUGUGAUUUGCUAAUCAAUAGAUCAGGCUGGACCUGUACACAACCCGGUGGGAGAAUAAAGACAACCACGAAGGAGCCCCCUGUGGAGAACUAUGAAGCCAUUGCCAUGGCAGCUCCACUGUGCUGUACAGUAGAAGCCAUUUUAAGGCAAAACACGCACCCCAAGGGAUAUUAG